GCUGUCACUUCCCUUAAAUGCCUCUCCAUAGCAACGCAUUGCUGUCAAUUUUACUGACCACUGGUAUCCCACAUCCCCGUUUUCCUCGACGUUUAUAACAAAAGCUACAUUUUUUUUAGUUUAAAAGUACAUUUUCUAUGUUAAAAUGUCUUCAUCGGAGUCAGACUCCAAAGAUUUCACCGAAGAUAGCGACGAGGGACAAAUAUAUCAAUUUAUUUAUGACAUGAUCACAAGAGAUGACAAGGAGGAGGAAAAGGAGGAGGUUCAAAUCCCAUCCAGCUCAGAGAACACACCGGUGCAUCUGAAAACUGAUGCUGAGUGGAGCGCACAUGCAUUCGCGGUGUACCCUGACACACCUUUUAGUGACGGCUCAGAGGACAAAUCAACACACAACACCACCCUCACAAGACAAAAGGACCAGGAAGUUGGUAAUACAAAGGGACUAGACACGGAUGCAUUGGACAAUAUCCCAGGAAUCCCAGUACCAAAGGCUUCAGAGGAAAAGCCAUGGAGGAAAGCUGGUGCUAACAUCUCCGAUUACUUUAACUUUGGUUUCGAUGAAGAGAGCUGGAACACCUACUCUACGAAACAGUCGAAAGUCCGUAAAGCUAAUAGAAAACUAUACACUAAAAUCAUGGCCCAGAAGGAAAAAGGGACUUCUCCUGCUCCUCCUUCGUCAGGCAGCCCCUCUAUACUAGCUUCCAGACAGCCAAGUGCUACCAAUAAUGUGAAUAAAGGACAACGGGGAUCCAGAGUAGAAAGGCGCCAAAGUCUCAGUGAUGGAAAAAACCAUUAUCAGGUGACUACUGAGAUGUCCCCUGAGGAGGAUAGAUUUACUUCUUAUCCGUCCUCUCCAUCAAACUUCAAUUCUCUAUUUGCAUAUAUCCCUCCACCACCUUUCCUUUUCCGAUCAGGACCCCUGUCUGCCUCCCCGUUUGCUGCUUUGGAUGGUGGAUACUCCAAAGGCUUUGAUGACCCCUCAACUUCAGGGCACCCAUGUUCAUCAGGUGUAUCAUCGUUAAUCCCAAGGAGUAUGUCCUCGAAAGCUGGAGGGAUUGACACUGCCAAGGCCUGGGAAUGCUACAAACGGCAGGAAAAGCAUGACAAGGACAAAGACAGAUCCAGAGAGCGCGGCCGUGAUAAAGACACUACUAGAGGCAGAAAUAGGGACAGAGAGAGCUGUUCAUCUUCAUACAGUGCGGAGGAGCGAACGAGGCACAGGGACACUACGGAGCGAGGGCACAGACGCCUCAGUUUGAGGGAAAACGCGCAGGUCUGACACACACACACACACACACACACACACACACACACAGGCAGCAGCAGCAGCAACAGCAGGAGGGCCAGUGGUGAGGACAGAGACAGUCAGAGUAGACACAAACACAAGAAGGCCAAAAGAAAUAGGACGGACAAGAAGACCAAGAUGUCCUCUGCUGACCAAGAGAGGAAAUUAAAACGUGACUGACUUUCAGUCUCUUUUUAAUAAGAUGAACUGCCCUGUGGCAUCUUACCGCAUGUUUCAUCAGAAAAUGUGAAGUUUUUUUCAGAGAAGCUAAUAGAAGAUCAUUUUACGUAUACUGUAUUUACGAGAUGUUUAUGGUGUAUCAGCUUCAACUGUUGUUUUGAGUUGAAGUAAGGCGUUUGUGUAUGUAUUUUCUCACACAACUCUCUUUUUCAAAUUACUUUAUUGAUCAUUUAACCAAAUGUACCAUCAGAUAUACUACACAGGCCGAAGUGUGACAGACAGAACCACAGCAGAUGGGCCUCAGACCAUCCACUGAUACACAGAAACCAAGUCAGUUUUUUUCUUCU